AGCGGGGUGCUCGGCCCCGCUUGCCCCGUUCCGCCGGGCGGAGGAGGAGGAGGAGGAAGGGCCGCUGCCCGCCGCGGGGCUGACAUCAGCCGGAGGAGGGGCCUGCCCGCGAGUUUCUUUGCUCGGUGCAUCACUUCCCGCCGCUGCCAUACUCCGCUGCCCGGUGCCGGGCUGCAGCCGCGCCUGCCUCCGCUGCGGCGGGCGGCUCGGCGGGGCUCGUGCCCAUGGCGAGCCCGCCCGGCGGGGACAGCCCGGGCUCCGCCGCCCGCCGGCUCUACUCGAGAUUUUCCCUAUCUCCCUGUUCUGAUGUUCCAAAUAGUCACAGCUGUGCUCUUCUUGUCUCCAGAAUGGAGGCAUCCUGCCUGGAGCUGGCCCUGGAAGGAGAGCGCUUGUGCAAGGCUGGGGACUUCAAGGCUGGGGCAGCCUUCUUUGAAGCAGCGGUGCAGGUGGGGACAGAGGACCUGAAGACUCUCAGUGCCAUCUACAGCCAGCUGGGCAAUGCCUAUUUCUACCUAAAGGAGUACUCCAAAGCUCUGGAAUACCAUAAACACGACCUUACCCUGGCCAGAACCAUUGGGGACCGCAUUGGAGAAGCCAAAGCAAGUGGCAACCUUGGGAACACACUGAAAAUACUUGGGCAGUUUGAGGAAGCUGUCGUUUGUUGCCAGAGACACUUGGACAUUUCUCAGGAGCAGGGAGACAAGGUAGGUGAAGCCAGAGCACUCUAUAAUAUAGGAAAUGUUUACCAUGCAAAGGGAAAGCACUUAUCUUGGAACAUGGCCCAAGACCCAGGCUACCUGCCUCAAGAAGUCAAGGAGACUCUACAGAAAGCUUCAGAAUAUUAUGAGAGGAACCUGUCCCUGGUGAAGGAGCUGGGGGACAGAGCUGCCCAGGGCCGUGCUUAUGGCAACCUUGGCAACACCCAGUACUUGCUUGGCAACUUCAGUGAAGCUAUAGCCUUCCACAAGGAGCGCCUCGCUAUUGCCAAGGAGUUUGGGGACAAGGCAGCCGAGAGGAGAGCGUACAGCAACCUGGGCAACGCACACAUCUUCCUUGGGAGGUUCGACAUCUCUGCCGAGUACUACAAGAAAACACUCCAGCUCUCCAGACAACUCAAAGACCAAGCAGUAGAAGCUCAGGCAUGCUACAGUCUUGGAAACACAUACACACUGCUUCAAGACUAUGAAAGAGCCAUCGAGUACCAUCUAAAACACCUGGUGAUAGCGCAGGAACUGGGAGACAGGGUGGGAGAAGGAAGAGCCUGCUGGAGUCUCGGAAAUGCCUAUGUCUCCCUGGGGAGCCAUGAACAGGCUUUGCACUUUGCAAGGAAACAUCUUGAAAUCUCCCAAGAGAUCGGGGACCGGAGUGGUGAGCUGACAGCGCAGGGGAACAUGGCCCAGCUCAGGACAGCCCUUGGCUUGGGUCCUGGUGAGGAAGACACGGGGACAGCUCAUCACUAUUCUGGCUAUGAAGCACAAGGAGCCAGGCCAAAGAGACUCCAAAGGAACAGCAUGGACAGCUUAGACCUCCUGAAGUUCCCUUCUGAAAAGGACCAGAAUGGGGACAGCCAUCAUGUGGGAGACCUGAAGAUCUCAGGGAAAGAGUUCUCGUCGUUGCCUGCGAGGUCAAAGAAAUACCGGGAGCACCACUCCAGCUCGGAGAGGAAGCCCCAGGGGCCAAGUACAUCACCACUGCAUGCCAGCGAAGUCCGAGUCCAGGUCUCUCAGUCGAAGAUCAACCGGAGCCCUUCGGAGGAGGAAUGCUUCUUUGACCUGUUGAGCAAGUUCCAGAGCAACCGGAUGGACGACCAGCGCUGCCCGCUGGAGGAGUGCCCUGCGGAGGCUGCGGAGGCAGCGGCCACGCCGGUCCCUGCCCUGGGAGAGCGGAUCUCGCAGUCCUCCCUGAUGGCAUCUCCGCAGACAGAGGAGUUCUUUGACCUCAUCGCCAGCUCCCAGAGCCGGCGCCUGGACGACCAACGCGCCAACGUGGGCAACCUGCCGGGCCUGCGGAUAACCCAGAACAACCUGGGGCACCUGCGCGUGGAGGGGGACGCCCAGGAGCCCGGGGACGAGUUCUUCAACAUGCUCAUCAAGUGCCAGUCCGCCAGGAUCGAUGACCAGCGCUGCGCCCCCCCGGACUCCAUCCCCCGUGGACCCACCAUGCCCGACGAAGACUUUUUCAGCCUGAUCCAGCGCGUCCAGGCCAAGCGCAUGGAUGAGCAGCGGGUGGAUCUGGCCUUGGCACAGGAGGCGGCGGAGGAGCGGCAGCGCUCCGGUUCCAGCUAAGAGCUGGGCUUGGGCUUGGGGGGGCUGCUUUGGUUUCCUUUUGUUUCUCCUAAAGAAGCGUGGGUGGUUUCAAACCCAGGCUCCUGCACGGCCACAGACUGUCCUGCAGCUGCAGCUCCAGCACUGCCCCAGCUGCUCUCAGAGGUGUUGCAAGAGGCCCAGUGGAUGGGGGAAGAGUUUUUAAACACGGGGUUUUAUAGGACACACGGACACUGUAACACCGGGCACAGCACGAGGGAAGGCAGCUGUGGCGGCCCCUCUGCUCAUCACCUGAAGUCCCAGGAACUUGUUCUGGCAGCCAAGGAGGAGCCCAGCGCGGGUGGUUCGCU